GGGAGGGUUUGUUCCUGUCGCUUGGAUUGAGGCGGUUCUGGAGCCAUUUCCAGCCCCUGACGAAAGGCCCGGGCUGCCUAGAUUAUCCCAGGGAGCUGAGGGAGAACUUCUCCCACUCCCAGGUCCAAGUGUCAGCCUUCGGCGCCAUCAUGAAAGACUCCUUGACGCUCUUGUCUCGCAUCCCUGCGCACCCAGACUCCCGCUGUUGGUUCCUGGCCUGGAACCCUACAGGGACCCUCUUGGCUUCCUGCGGAGGGGACCGCAGCAUCCGCAUUUGGGGCAAAGAAGGUGACACCUGGGUAUGCAAAUCUGUGCUGGGCGAGGGGCACCAGAGGACCAUCCGCAAAGUGGCCUGGUCUCCUUGUGGUAACUAUCUUGCGUCGGCCAGCUUUGACGCCACCACCUGCAUUUGGAAGAAGAACCAGGAGGAUUUUGAGUGUGUCGCUACUUUGGAGGGCCAUGAGAACGAGGUGAAGUCUGUGGCCUGGGCUCCUUCCGGCAACCUCCUGGCCACCUGCAGCCGAGACAAGAGCGUCUGGGUUUGGGAAGUGGAUGAAGAGGAUGAGUAUGAGUGCAUGAGCGUCUUGAAUUCCCACACACAGGACGUCAAGCAUGUGGCCUGGCAUCCCAACCAAGAGCUGUUGGCAUCAGCCAGUUACGAUGACACUGUGAAAUUGUACCGGGAGGAAGAGGAUGACUGGGUUUGCUUUGCCACACUGGAAGGGCAUGAGUCCACCGUUUGGAGCCUGGCCUUCGACCAGAGUGGAGACCGACUGGCCUCUUGCAGUGAUGACAAGACGGUCCGCAUUUGGCGCCAGUACAAGCCAGGGAAUGAGCAAGGGGUGGUCUGCUGUGGCACCGAUCCUACCUGGAAAUGCAUUUGCACUCUCUCUGGCUUCCACACGAGGACCAUCUAUGAUGUGUCAUGGUGCCACUUGACGGGGGCUUUAGCCACAGCCUGUGGGGAUGAUGCUAUCCGGGUGUUUGAGGAGGAACCCAACUCUGAUGCCCAGCAGCCCACCUUCAGCCUGACAGUCCACAUGGCCCGGGCGCACUCCCAGGACGUGAACUGCGUGGCUUGGAAUCCCAAGGAGUCUGGCCUGCUGGCUUCCUGUAGCGACGAUGGAGACAUAGCCUUCUGGAAAUACCAGCGCCUAGAGGUUUGCUGAGUUGAUGUCCUGACUGUAUCCCCUUAGGAAAGGGGCUGCCCUCACCUCACCCACAUUCAGGUUUCCAGAACGAACUCAUUCCUGGAAGCUGGUUCUUCCAUAGAGAUUCAUGUUGUUGCCUGGAUUGCAUGUGCUGGUGGCCUAGUGUUCUCUUGCAGCCACUCACUCUGUGGAAGUUACAGUUCCAUUGGAGGGAUGUUCAGGAACGAACAGGCCUUGGCAGCUACAUUCUUGUAAGAUUAGCCCAUGAAAGGUGUAAGGUGAGAGCUACAGUUACAGAAAGAAGCUGGUUUGUGAUAUUUUGUGUGAAACAAUAAUACAGUUCAGCAUAACAGACUUUGUGCUGUUCUAUUUAUUGCUCUCACUCUAUCUCAGAAAGUGCAAAAGGGGCAAUAUAAUUCAAUAUAACAGACCUUACAGUAAAAACAGGUUUUGCUUUUACUAUAAAUAAUUGGUCAUCUUUACAUUUCUUUAAAAUUUACUGGGGGGGGGGGGAUCUCUGUGUCAUACAUGUUUCUUAACGAAAAGAUAAAAAUUUCUCUUCCAA